GGACGGUCAAGUUGUCUUCUGAUGGGUUACUGUAUGUCAUGAUGGAUGGUGACAUUCUUGACAAGGCCUUGCCAUGUUAAGCCGUAGACUUUAUGAUUCAUUUAAAUUACAUGCCAUUAAUUGUGAUUGACACUCUGUGACCCUCUUAGCAAGACUUUUUCAACAUGGUGUUUUUACUUGGCGUAUCAGUGCAAUUCAUCAAAUUGGGUUUGUUGUUGUUAAUUCUCUGUAGUUAAGCACGUUCGUUACUACCUUGACCUCCUACGACCUUGAUGGUCCCUCCCCCAUUUGGUGCACAGUUUUAGAUCUUUUAAUAUAUUUGGAGUUUUGGACAUUGUUGACUUUUGACUGGUUUGUAUGUUUUAUUUGCUUUGGUUCUCAACGACUGUGAUUUCUGUGCUCCCUUGAUGCCUCAGCCACCAUAACUGCUCAAAUACAGUGAAGUCGCUGCUUCCUGUGAUACAUUUAGCUCACUGCUCCUUUAACAACAUAAUACUUUGGCAAAUAAAGCAAAAACAUAGCAUGUUUUUGCUUUAUUUGCUACUUUGGUUUUUAACAUAUUGAACAUGUUUUUUUUUUUACGUAGUUGUUAUUUGCAUACAUGCUCUGAUUUAAGAGCUACUCUCUUCUUGAUUGAAAGAAAAUUUAUUUCAAUCGCCUCUAACACAUUGUGAAUGUGUUGCAUGACAUUUAUAAAACAUAAGAAGAUAAGUUCAGUUUGCCAACUGCAUCCACCUAUUCCCUCUUUAUUUGUCUGCACAGUGGUUGUGUGUAACUAUAAACUUGUCUGUCUGUGUUACAGUGUGUACUUUUUUAUACCGCACUAGUGUUAGUCAUUUUUGUGUUACUGUCAGUUUUCCUGAAGCUUGUUUUUUUUUCUUGGCAAUAUUAGCUACUUUAUGCUUUCAACAUUCGAAUGGUUUUCUAUUUCAGUUCCUUUGAGAUUUUUCGCCUUAUUCGACUUAUCAGUUGCCAGGGCAAUUUAGCCCAGUCUUAAAUCUGGAUUCCUGGAAAGUUACCACGUGGGGGUUAUUUCUCAAUGGCAUACAUCUACAUUACAUGUAACGUUGCUUGCCCUUCAUGCACCCCUUAUGUUUAAUGGUUUUUACCUUUCUGCCAUCGAAAUUGUUUGGAUAAGCAUUGAUAUCUUAAUUUUUAUGAACGAUUUUAACCUCUGAAAAGCCUUUUCAUUCAGAGGCACUGGUGACUGGUCUCAGAGUUAUUGCUAAAGUAAAACACAAUUUGUAAAGUAUACUAUCAGUGACUGUUGGUCAUGUCUUCACAACAUUACAACUGCUACCAAAUAGUAACAUGAAGUAGUCUGAUGAGUCAUAUAUUUUAAGAUGGCCUCCUCAACUCUCGGGGAUCAAUCCCAACCUCUUAAUUCUGCCAGUCAUGGGAUCAUGGUUGCCGGACCUCCGAGUCUGGAUCAUUCUCUCUCUUUCCCUGACCCUCCCAUUUUGCCAUGUAUGUGGAGGAAGGUGUCGGGUGGCCGGGGGGCUUCUAUUUUCAGGCAACGGGCCGGAUGACUGAAAAGCUACAUGGAGCGAUCUGCAAGACCCAACAUGCAGGAGGUGGUGGAACAGGGGAUGUUCGUGAAGCACUGCAAGGUUGAAGUCUAUCUGACAGAGCUUAAACUUUGUGAGGACAGCAACAUGGAGAACGUCAUCACCAAGCGCUUUAGCAAAGCUGACACGAUAGACCUCAUAGAGAAAGAGAUGAGGAAGCUGUUCAGCAUCCCAGACGAUAAGGAGACUCGUCUUUGGAAUCGGUACAUGAGCAACACCUUCGAGCCUCUAAACAAACCUGACAGCACCAUUCAAGAUGCUGGACUCUAUCAAGGACAGGUUCUUGUAAUAGAGCAGAAGAAUGCGGACGGGACAUGGCCUCGGGGCUCAACGGUGUCCAAGUCAUCUGGUGCUUCCAAUCUCUCUGCUUUGCCAAAGAUCUCGCCUUCAUCUCUCACAAACAAUCAUAACAGCAGCUUCAACAGCAGGAAUGUGAAGAACUCUAGCUACAGCCUGCCCUCCUACCAUCCAUACAGCAACAGCUAUGACUACUCGGACCAGAGUCGACCCAGCGAGCGCUCGGGUCUUUGUGGACUCUCCAACCUGGGGAACACUUGCUUCAUGAACUCUGCUGUGCAGUGUCUUAGCAACAUCCCUCCUCUGACCGAGUACUUCCUUAAAGACAAGUAUACGGAUGAGCUGAAUGAAGACAACCCUUUGGGGAUGAAGGGUGAGAUCGCCCGAGCGUAUGCCGAACUGGCCAAACAGCUGUGGUCAGGAAAGUACUGCUACGUCACCCCCAGGCCUUUCAAGACCCAGGUGGGCCGUUUUGCCCCCCAGUUCUCAGGCUACCAGCAGCAGGACUCUCACGAGCUGCUGGCCUUCCUCCUCGACGGCCUCCACGAAGACUUGAACCGGAUCAGGAAAAAGCCGUACAUCCAGCUGAAGGAUGCCAACGGACGACCUGACAAGGUGGUUGCCGAGGAGGCCUGGGAGAACCACAUCAAAAGGAAUGACUCCAUCAUCGUGGAUAUAUUCCAUGGACUCUUUAAGUCCACCUUGGUGUGUCCUGUCUGCGCCAAGGUCUCUGUGACCUUCGACCCCUUCUGCUACCUGACUCUGCCUUUGCCUAUGAAGAAGGAGCGGACACUGGAGGUGUACCUCGUCCGACUGGACCCUCUGGCCAAACCCACGCAGUAUAAACUCACAGUGCCAAAAGUGGGCUAUUUCUCUGACCUGUGUGCCUCACUAUCCCUUUUGUCUGGGGUUCCGGCUGAGAAGAUGAUUGUCACUGACAUCUACAACCAUAGAUUCCACCGGAUCUUCGCCACCAAUGAAAACCUCAGCAGCAUCAUGGAGAGAGACGACAUCUACGUGUUUGAGGUGGCGGUGAACAGUGCGGAGGACACGGACCACGUGGUGAUCCCGGUCCAGCUGCGUGAAAAGAACAACAAACAGACGGGCUUCAGCCACACUGGGUCCAUGCUGCUCUUCGGCCAGCCUUUCCUGCUCGCAGUCCCCAGGACACUCAGCGAGGACAAGCUCUACAACAUGCUGCUCAUGAGACUCUGUCGUUUUGUGAGGUUGACGAUGGAGGACGAUGAGGACGAGGGUGACGACACAACGCAGACGUCCAAACAACACACAGUCAAUGGGAAUGCAACGAACGGGCUGUUGGAAGAGGGAUCACCCAGUGAAAUGGAGACGGACGAGCAGGACGACGAGUCUAGUCAGGACCAGGAGCUGCCUUCGGAGAAUGAGAACAGCCAAUCGGAGGACUCGGUGGGCGGAGACAACGAGCUGGAGAAUGGCGUGGUGCCGCCGCCGACACACAACACCACCAAAGGGCAGCAGAGCAGCGGCCGAGGCAGGAAGAGACUCUUCACAUUCCAGUUCAACAACAUGGGCAAGACAGACUUCACCAUCAUCAAGGAGGACACGCGGCAGAUCCGCUUCGACGAGGGUCACCUGCAGCUCAGUGAUCGCUCUUUUCUGUCUCUGGACUGGGAACCUGAAAUGAAGAAGAAGUUCUUUGAUGAGAGGGCCGUGGAGGACUUUGAGAAGCAUGAGAGUAUGGAGUACAAGCCUCAGAAGAAGUCCUUCUUUAAACUCAAAGACUGCAUUGAGCUCUUCACCACUAAGGAGAAGCUGGGAGCGGAGGACCCCUGGUACUGUCCAAACUGCAAGCAGCACCAGCAGGCCACCAAGAAACUGGACCUGUGGUCUCUGCCUCCCGUCCUGGUGGUGCACCUGAAGAGGUUCUCCUACAGUCGCUACAUGAGGGACAAGCUGGAUUCCCUGGUGGACUUCCCUCUGAGAGAUCUAGACAUGUCUGAGUUUCUGAUCAACCCCAAUGCGGGACCGUGCCGCUACGACCUCAUCGCCGUGUCCAACCACUAUGGUGGGAUGGGAGGUGGACACUACACAGCAUACGCCAAGAACAAGGACGACGGGAAGUGGUACAACUUCGACGACAGCAAUGUGUCGCCAGCCAACGAAGAUCAAAUAGUGUCCAAGGCCGGCUAUGUGCUCUUCUACCAGCGUCAGGAUACGGUCAAAGGCACCGGCUACUUCGCUCUGGACCGUGAGGAAGAGGAGGAGGAUGAGGAAGAGGAGGACGAAGAGGAGGAGGAGGAGGAGGAUGAGGAGAAUGAGGGUGAGGUACGAAGAAGCGCCUCCUCCUGUCAGGGACCGUACUCUGAUACUGGUGCCGCCGUCCAGAGCGAUGAGGAGGACCUGAACGAGAACCGUCAGAGGAAGAACGACAACGAGCAGCAGGAGGAGGAGCAGGAGGAGGAGGAAGAGCAACACAAUCGAGACGUCACCAUGAAAACCAACUGAAGCGGAAACCAACGCUGGAACGUUUUCCACCCAAAGCCAUAUGGACCCGCAUCUCGGCCCGCCAGAACUGGACAGGCGGGGCCGGCGCGGGACGAAGGCUGGCGCUCUUGAUUCAGGACCCUCCUGUGUGGAUCCGUGUGUGUGUGUGCGCGUGUGUGUCUGAACCAGUCUCUCCGACCGAAAACAAGCUCCAAACCGCACUGUAUAAUCCCACAAUGUAAUCUACGCUGGUGACAUCCAAAUGAAAUAAUAUAUACGACGUGUCGCCUCAACUCGCUGUUCUGCGAGGCGCAGUGAGAUUAAGAACACUGGUGACGUCACUUCCUGUGUUCACCUCGGCCUUAACUCUUAAUCUCAGACCAGUCGCCUGUUCAUUUUCUUCUGUUGCGAUCUAGAGAAGAAGCGUAGGUGUGAUCCAAGAUUGGCUUUCAAAUAAGGCCUGGAGUCGCUGUUUCGUGAACAACAUGUUGAAGCUGUGGAGAGGACCAAACACAUGAAAUUUACUACGAUGACAUGAGUCAAGCUAGCGAGCUAUUUGGCGCCACACUUAUCCGAGGCAUCACGACACUGACCGCAGCCGUGAACGUCACGACUCUUGAAACUGUUGUUCAUUAUCUUGUGGAAAUAAUCACGUGAGCAGAUUUUGAUGUUUAAAGGAAAUAACAUUCAACAUUUGCAACUUUAUUGCCUCAGUCAAACUGCAAAUGUUUGGGCAGAGUCAGUGACACUUUACAGUGCUGUGCUUUUCGAAAAGGUUACGUUUAAAGUAAAACUACUGGUAACUUCAUGCCAACAAAUGCCAAUCACCAAUUACACACUUGCCAUCAUUUCUUACUUAAAUAUUGGCGAUGUUUUAAAAAAAAAAAAAAAUUCAAGUUUGUUAUUUUAAAUUUGCAGGCCUUGACGUGAAACUUCAACACUGAUAGCAGCAGCUAUCUCUGUGCCAAUUUCUCUUCUUAAAUCUGACAUUAACUUUUUUUUUCUCCAAAGAGGUUUGCCCGACUGCUUUUUAGUUUUCGACACUUAUUUUCUUACAUAAUAAUUAAUGGCAUAAUAACAACCUAAAAUAGUGAGUGUCAAUUCGUCCUCAGAAGUGUUGUGCCAUAUGUUUGUACUGUUGGAUGUAAAUGCAACUUCAAACUUGAGGAAGUUAGCCUCCCAGAUGUUAGCUGCUCCACUAGAAUAUUUUUUUUGUGGGGAAUUACGAAUUUGAAGUCUGGUGGUGUCGAUCCCGCACACGACUGAAUCCACACGAGGGCCAGAAUGUACGCCAACGACCAGAAGUUUGUGGUUUGAUGCCUUUUGCUUAUCAUUUUAGGAGGUAUUUUCAGGUCAGACUUGUUUGGUUUGUUUGUUUUUUUUUCUCGCUUUGUUUGACUGUGACUUUGAAAUAUCGGCUGUAUAAAACGGCGCCUCCUGCUGGUGAGAUGAAUUGACUGAGUGUCAUGUGACUGCGACUUCUACAAUACUGUACAUAAGAGUUCACUCUGUGAGUGCACAUUUGAUAAAAGUUUUAUUUAUUUAUACGUCAGAGGAUAUUUAACACGUGUGGCUGUUGAGUCCACACGUACACUAGUUUGCGAACUCUUGCCUGUGCUUUUGUCAGGGAUGUUUUUUUUUUAAUAUAUAUAUAUAUAUAUAUAUACAUAUAUAUAUAAAUGGAUGCUUCUGUCGGUCUGGGACUCUUUUGUAAAAAAAAAACAAACAAAGAAAAAUCCUUGCAUGACGGCGUUUACGGGGUUUCCAGGUUUGGCUGCACUUGAGUUCACGUGGGUUUACAUUUGAGAACGUGCAUGUGUAUUCAUACACAAUCUUCAAUAAAGUUGUGUAACGAUCUCUUUGUGCCUCUUAAUCCAAGUUUAAUGU